UGUAGUUUAAAAAAACAACAACAAAAAAAAAAAAACUAUCAAAUAGAAAAUAUCUGUAUAAUGUCAGGCAAAAUAAAUAAAUAAAAUCCAUGGUCUAAUAAGUACUGUAAAGUGACACCCUGGCAAACAACCUUGACCGCCUGUGGGAGGAUAGGGCGGCCCACCAAUAGUUUGAGAACCGCUGUCCUAGACCCUGCAAAGUUUAUUUCUUUCUCCUUUAAAAAAAAAAGUAUUUAAAAUUAAUAAAGGUUACAAGACAUACACAGCAUCGUGAAAUUAACAAAAACAAGUUUGCACAUUUUUGGGGCUUUGUUGACAAAAUAAAUAAAAAAAAACAAAAAAAAAAAAACUAAAAAGAUUCAGUUGAAAAGAAAAGGAACAGAUAAAACUGGUUGUCUUGGCAACAUAGAGUUAUCUAGUAGGCAAAUGAUCCUCUGAGGUACAACACUGUGUCAUCCAUGGCUGUUGAAUCAUUCAUCUGUGUCGGUAGUAAUUGGGAAAUUUAACAUUCUACAAAGUUUGAAGAAAAUAUAUGACUAGAUAAAAUUCACACGAGCUUGAAAUAAUGUAUAUAUGAAUGCCUGCAGUAUUACAACUUUUUGAUUAGCUAAUUAAUUUUGAACUUUACAAAAAAUAAUUUUGAAAACAUGAUAAAUGGAAUGUCAAUGUAUCUAUCGGCUGCAGUAGCGUGAUCACGUGAUGUACUACUUCCGUUUUCAGAGCAUCGUGCAUCCCUCAUCUUUUGGCUAGUGUCCAUAAAAUUUAACAAAGUUGAUAAUGUUCUUUGCAUCUUAUCAACCAUUCAAUGUGUUUUAAGUGAUUGAUUUGUUACAUUUAAGGAUUUGUGUCAGAUAAAGAAAAUGAACGACUCAGGCUGUGAGGACACAGUGCCUUCAAUGGUCUGCAAGCUACCAGAAGAAAGUGAUGCCUCAAUGAGAGCUCGUUUGUUCACAAGUUUAAGCCAGAGCUUUCCCCACAGUCAGCUGUAUAAAGCUCUCCAUGGAGGAGAGGACAUAAACCUCAAUGGUGGGGACAACUCUGAGGACGACGAUGAUAGCCUCUACGGGGACCAUCUAUCAAACAGCUGCUUUGCUUCCUUACGCAUGGAUCGCAGGGACAGUGACGAUUUCGAUGAUGACCUCCAGUCCCUGGAGUGGCUUCAGAGUGAGGAUCUGCUGAAGAAUAUUGGUGGUGAAAAGUUAGACAAGGAUGAAGAAGAAAGCGGCGAGCAGAAAGAGAAUGAAGACAUUAAACCAGAUGUCAGUGCACUAGCAGAGCCCACUCGGCAGCAGCCUAUUGCAAUAGCACCGUUUCUUCCCAAGGAACAUGUCAAAAGCAAACCUCCAUACUCAUUUUCAUGUCUUAUAUUCAUGGCAGUGGAGGCAUCUCCACAAAAGAGGCUUCCAGUUAAAGAUAUAUACAAUUGGAUUCUUACACAAUUUCCCUACUUCCAGAAUGCUCCUACAGGAUGGAAAAAUUCUGUACGGCACAAUUUAAGUCUUAAUAAAUGCUUUAAAAAGGUGGAAAAGGAUAAAGGCCAGAGUAUAGGUAAGGGGUCAUUAUGGUGUAUAGAUCCAGCAUACAGACCCAAUCUGCUUCAGGCCUUGAGAAAAACACCCUAUCACCCAUACCAUCAACUUCAAAUGACAUCUACACAACCGCAAAACUACCUUCAGUAUCUGCAGACACUUCCUGGUGGAGGGCGGACAGUUCUUCCUUUAACUCAAAGACCCGUGCCAAAUACAGUUUCUCCACAUUUAUUCCCAUUUUUAAGUCGAAGGCUAGCUCAAACAUCUUUUGAUGUUGACAAUGAAAUGAAAGAUGUUGCUCAAACAUUAGUGGCAUUAAAAACUUCACACAAACUAGGUCCCACGGAUAAUUCAGCUGGUGAGGAUACUGGUCCAACAUGGAAACAUCAUAAAAGAACUAACAGGCGCACAUCUGUCCCUGUUGUUGUAACUGAACACCCUUACAGCGACCACUCUUAUAGCUGUAUUAGACUCAUUGAAGAUGAUGUUCCUUCUCCAUCCUCCUCUUCAUCUAUUGAUGAAGAGUACGACUUUGGUGAUGCAGAUGAAGAAUCUGACUAUCAGUCUGACAUGGAGUGGGACAGUGAUGACAAGGACGAAGUAGAUGGAGAUGUCCAGCCUCACAAGAGGCUCAAGAUUGAUCUCCAGGACAGUGAUGGGGAGACCUAUACUGUCAAGAAAGUCAUUGAGGAUGAAAGUGAAGAUGAUGAGCAGAAGAAGAUUCAUGAAGGGGCCAGUGCCCUUUUGAACCUUGCUGGACUCUACCGCAGCAACAGCAGCACAAGCAACAGUCCCAGUUGUGGAACUGAGAAAAAGAAAAUGGAGAGAACAUCUUCAAAGAAAAGAAAUUCUGCUGAGAACAAGUUGAAACUGAGUAAAAAGAAAAAGGAAGAGAAAAAACAAGUGGCUAGUGAGUUGCCAGAACCUUCAGGUAGAAAGAGUAAAAGCAAAAGGAAGAAUGCUGGAAGCAAUGGGAAAUAUGCCAGUGGAGAAUACUCUUUAUUAAAAACCAGUCGGACUCCAACUAAAGGUCGUAUCAGUAAACCAACCAAAACCUUAAAGUCUUCCACCGCAAAUUCAGAAACAAAUAAUUCAAUCCAAAACAAGGAUUCUGAUAAAGCCAAUAGCUUAACUUCAAAGCCAAAAUCUUCAGUGAAAACCAAAUCUCCAAAAAAAGGCAGUGAGAAAAAGAAAUUGAAACUUUCCAAAAACUUUGGCACCUCAAAGAAACAAACUGCUUCUUUAUCAGGAGAAAAGAGUGCUACUUCUGCUUCUGUUGGGCAGCCUCAUGAAAGUAGCACAAAAAAAAGUUUUCUUAAAAAGGGAAAUACUCCAGCUGUGGUUAGUGGAAGGAAAAAAAAGUCUCUUUCUGAUCCCUCUCGUAAAGUUUCAUCAUCUCGUGUGGAGGGUGACAGCAAUUCAAGUUCAAAGAAAGAUCAUCCCAAAGCUUCUGAAAAUGUUUCCAUCCAACCAUCCCUUGUAGAAAAGAAGCCAGCUGACCUUGGGGAAUUUUUUCAAGAAUCUGGGGAAUCCAAAUCAGUCAGUAGCAGCCUUGUGGCACACAUUUUUAAAACAGAAACACUUUCUCCAGCUGGUGAUGCUCCGGCUAUCACUUCCAGCAGCCCAAGUGAUAAACUGGCCAAUCAGAAAGACAAGUCUGCAACUGGAAGUAAACUCCCAGCAGAUGCAAAGUCUAAUGGAAAUAAAAGCAGUGCUUCUGGGACAUUGACAAUAAUAAAUGUAAGCCACAAAAGCCCUCACUUUACAAGGUUCUCAAAAAAGAAAGCCUCAAUGUCUUAGCACUUGUUUAUUCAACCAUACACCAGUGGAACAACUAUUUGGUCUUGCUCUGUGCCAAGGACCAUUGUCAAGCUACACACUUCAAUAGGAUACAAUUCUUCAUCAGCUAGUUUCCAACUUUACAAGACUGGUGUGGUAGUAUUUGGGUACCACAUUUGGCUCAGGACACACAGAUUGCCCAUCUGUUUGGUUGUUGAGUUACUCUGUAGUUGUACAAUUGUUGAUGCUAUGUUGGCAACUUAGUUCUUCAGUCACAUUCUGAACUGUUUUAGAAGUGAUAGUUUAUGGCAUUUACAAUAACUUGAAAUGUAAUUCAGUUUGUUCAUUAUAAACAUGAUCAUUAUGUUCAACUUUUGUUUUAUGGUCUCUUAGCUUUUUUUUUCUUUUAAUUUUGCUGUACUGCAACAACUAUUGUUUGUGGCAAAAAAAAAGUCAACACAAAUUAUCCCUGCAUUGGACUUGAAGACCACUCUGUCAGCAUUAAAGUUUACGUGACUGAACUUAUACAUUUGAGAUCAUCAGCUUCUAGACAACAAAACUGGUGGCAGGUAUAUCAACAAUGUUAUUUUAUUCAUAAGUCCAUUGUGUUGUUGUUCUGAGUUUUGUUUCUUGUGUGAUAUGUAUAAGCUUUUGUUAUUGAACUGAACACAAUGCACUAACGCUUUCACUGGUUUAUUUAUGUUUGUGUUAUUUCUCAAGAAAUGCAUGACAUUGCUUUGGAAAAUGUCAAAUUCAUUAAUUUAUAUAGCUCUUAUAAUAUCUGUAUAGUUUUUCUGUUUUGUUAUGCUAGCAUAGUUGAAAGUAAUGCAAAGAUUUUGGUUGUAGUCAUGUCUGUUUGACUAUAAAUGGAAAUGCCUACAUUUUGUUUGUCAUAUAACUUGUAAUAAAUGAGUUAAUGAACUGGUAGAUAAGUCAGUUUAAAAAGCAACAAACCAGGUUAUAACUAGCAAUGUUACUUUUAAAUGAAGUUUUGUUGUGUUAAGAUUUCUUAAGAAGUAUCUUUUAAAAUAUUGAAUCAAACUAGGCUCAGGGGUCAUAGGUAGUUUCUGCUAUCUCAAAAUGUUUUAAGAAAUUGCUAAUUUGAAAUAGUCUUUGAAUACGAGUUUAAACUUUUUAAAAAAUGUAUUUAAGUGCAUUUGUUUUUUAGUUAGAUAACUAUUUUAUUCUUGAGUAUAGUCAUUUGAAUGGACAGAAGUUAGAAAAGUCUACACACUAGUUGUGAUCUAAUUUCAUCCAUAGAACAUGUCAUUUUCAUUUUCAUUUUUUUUUAAAUACUGCCCAUAAUAUUCAGUUACUUUCCUUGCUUAUUGUGUGAUGUGACCAAAUGUUUUUUUACUGUUCAAUUUACUUCUAGGUUCUUAUCAGAAAGUAUUACUUGCUCUUGGUGCCUUAACAAUUUUAUAAAACUGUUGUUAACAAUUUAUUCAUUCAUCCAUUGUAAUGUAGGUCAAAUUCUCCUACUGAUUUGUUAGUGAGAAAGCUUUUACUUCAUGUUGGAUUGAAGGUGUUUGGCCAAUGUUUCUAUUAGUUGUUUUUUUUUUGUUCCUUUUUAGCAUAUAGACAAAAUAAUACAUGUACUUUAAUGAGCAAUGUGUUUUCAUAGCAUUCUUGAAUUUUGACCAAAAGAAAUGGCUGCGCUUUACAUUUGUGAACUUUCUGAUCUCUAGUACUACAGCCAGCUUUGUAUCAUCCUUUUGAGUCUAGUAGCUACAGUACUACCUAUAGGAAAACUUUAAAACUUUGUGGGUUUUUUGUUUUUUUUUACAAUUUCUUUUAAGUGUGAUGCAAUAGUCUUAGCUUGGCAAUAAUAAAAGAUAAACUAUUUUCAUGGCCUCCCAACACUGUUGUUUAUAACAUUUCCAUUGAAAUCUUCGGUAGUGUAAGACUAAUAGCUGAUUUCUUUUUCAUCUCUAGUAGAACUACAUAGGAUUCAGCAAUUAGAAGUCUCAACUAUUUCAAGUUUUCAGUUUAUAUUAUUUGUAUAAUAGCCAAUAAAACUGUUGAUUGAUGGCUUGCACAAACACUAAUGCAAUAUUUCUUGCUGUUUGUUUUCUUGUCCACUCAUCAGAACCUCACUUGUACUCUCACAGCUGCUUGGCAAUAACAUGUUUUGUUAAUAGUUGGUCAAACAAUGUGUUCAUCUUGAAAUAUUUUUUUUCAUGUCAAAAUCUAGUCUAUUCUUUUACAUGACAAUGAUGGAAAAGAAAUUUAAAAGCUUACACAUCAUUAAAGAUAUUUGGAAUUAAUAUGAUAUCACUAAUAUAAAAAGAUAGCGAUGAUAGUUUGAAAUUAAUGUGUACAACGAAUGCUUAACAUCGAUUGAAUAUGUGUCACUUUGUUGUAUGAACCAUCUGCUCUUGUUAUGUCAUUGGAGAACAUUCUUACAGUUAGUGAAUUGACCAAAAAAUUAAAAAAAACAACUCAGUUUGUAUGUAUAAAUGUACAUAGAACUAUUCUGCAAUGAAAUCUUUUUUUCUGUGCAUUUUGUGAAUAUAUAAAUAAUGUUUUCAUUUUAUUUGUGUUUGUCUCUGUACAUUAUGUCAUGUAUGACAAAUCUUGGUCCUGUUGUGUUUCUCGAGGCCAAACACUGAUACUACUGGAGUGUUGACAUUUCUUAGGGCAUUGUAACAACCCCUAAAGCAACAUGCUUGUUACAUUCAAUGACGAUGCUAGUGUACAUAGAUACUAAGCAAUAGAUUUAGAUCAACUGCUGUUUUUGUCUGAAAACAUUUUGUCACUGUCUUGAUUAGUUAAAUAAGUGUGUGUGUCUUAGUCUCAGAACUCUUGUGAGGAGCUCUGGUCAUAACCUCACACAAACCUUCUAAGAAAGAAAAAAAGCUUCAGUCAAGAAGAGUAGAUAGUUUUGUCCUUAGUUUCAUCUGUUUGUAAGCCAUAUAGAAAGGUUGUGUGUGUUGUGUCUUAUGUUUAGACUAACAUAAUCUGUUUAAUUCCUGUGAUACAAGGAAGGAACUGACCUAGUGCUGUCUAAAUAUGGUGGAAGUGCACUUUUUUUUUGUUUCAUUUAUGAACUAAUCAGAUUAUCUAUUUAACAGGUAACAAUUUAUGUUCAGCUCAUGUCUUGGUUUAAGCUAGUGCACUCGCUGCUUCUCUGGUUGCCAUUUUCAUUUAAUGUACAUAUGUCAACUUGUUGCACAAUGAUCUUUGAACUAGUGUGAAUGGGUGUGUCUUAUCUAUUUUUUAAGCAAGAAAUGUAUACAUUUGUAAUCAGUAUGUCAUUUCUUUAAUGACACUAUUUUAAGGAGCCUUCCUCAACUGUCUUCCAUGAACUCAUUUAUAAAGUCACCAAAAUUUUUCUUUGUUUUGGUCAUUUGUUAUGGAGCUUUAAUGAUUUUUUUUUCUCAUUUAUUGCCUAAGGAAUGUAAAAGCAAACUUAAAUGUAAUUAAAACAUACUAUGGUCAAAAUUAAUUACCCAGUAACACAUUUUAAACAAGCAUUUGGUAUUUUUUCAUGAAAAUUCUUGCAUAACAAACAUUUUUUUAAUCACAAAAAAUAUCAAAAUAGAGAUGGGAAAUGUUCUAGAAAAUCAGUCAAUUUUUUUAUACCAGUAUCUGCAUUAGUAGGAAGGAUAUGUAUCAUUUGGCUUACAGUACUAUAACUAAAAUUCUUUUUUCUUCUGAAGAAGGCAGAUUGAUAUUUUAACAGGCUUGAAUUUUUUUUUUCUAGCAGGAAAAAAAUUGACCAUUUAUUUCAAAUGUUUUUAGUAUCAAAUUUGUGUCAAAACUUUUCUUGUAUUUUUAAGGUGCUGUUAUUUGUGUUAUAUAAAUGUUUUUUAUUUAAGAAAUGGAAAAGUGUUCAGCUUCUUUGUGCAAUAGGCUAAUGUAAUUAGACUGAAUUAGGACACAUUGUUUAGAGGCUAUUGACUUCUUUGGUUCACUGUACAUUGUGUAAUUAAUAACUGAAUAAAUCUUUGUUUUCCUUUCCCUUA